AUGCUUCCCCUCGGCCUCCUCACGGCCGCACAGGGCCGCCCUAUGCUCGUCGAGCUGAAGAAUGGCGAGACCCUCAACGGCCACCUGGUUACAUGCGAUAACUGGAUGAACCUGAUCCUGCGCGAAGUUGUGCAAACCAGCCCCGAAGGCGACCGCUUCUUCAGAUUACCCGAAGUCUACGUUCGCGGCAACAAUAUCAAAUACCUCCGAGUCCCUGAAGAGAUCGUCGAUAUUGUCAAGGAGCAACAGCAAAAUCAACCACAGAACCGCCGCGGCGGACACGGCCGAGACGGCGAUCGUGGCAGAGGCCGCGGCCGUGGUGGUGGUCGUGGUGGACGGGGUCGCGGACGGGGCGGCGGUCCCCCCGGAGUUCAAUAG